AUGGAGAUAGGUGCACAAGCACAGACACAAGCACAGGCUGCGGGGCAAAGUCCAGACCCGAAAAAUGGCGGUCGAAGUGGUAAAGGCCAAAUACCAGUGGCCAAAAGAGCAUGCGACUGUUGCCGCAAGAGAAAAGUCAGAUGUGAUGGCCGGGAGCCAUGCUCUCCGUGCCAGAAGGCGGCCAUUCGUUGCGCAUACAUAGAGCCGCCAAAGAAGAAAGGGCCAAAAGGUUUGAGGAGUGCUCGCGUUCUCCAUGCAUUGAGAAGGAUCGACGACACGCCCGUCUCAAAUCCGCCUACUCCUACUAGUUCAGAUGUUGCCUUCGGAAACUGGGGGUGGAGUGCAGCUGCACAACAUCAUGGACAAGGGCAGAACGACAGACCAGAGACCAUCUACGUGUCACCGGAUCAGCGACCAUACUAUCAGCAGCAACCACCGACAAGCUAUCAGCAUUCCAACAACCAACGAGAUCCAUCACAGAAUCAGCAGCAAUGGGCGCCCAGUCAAGCUGAAUCGAUAUCUACUGCAAGUAAUGGUCCCCAUCACGGGCACUCGCCUACUUCCACCGAGACCUACAACCAUCGUCUACUAUCCGAGAAAGCUUUCCUGCCCUUCAUAAAGCUGUUCUUCAACCACAUGUUUGCCAUCAUGCCUGUGAUUGGCAGGGGUAUAUAUCUUGAUCCUGCAUUCUACAGCCAAGGAACCCUCAGCGCGGAAGUGUACUGCUUUCUUUCCGCGUUAUGUGCUGCCACAAUCGUCCAACUGGAUGAGUCGAUUGCUCAGCCACCGUUACUACACCCCAGCAAACAUUCGGAUGAUCUCUUUGCUGAAGAAUGCUUAAGGGAAAGGAAGACGUUUGAUCCUGUCGAGCACGUUACGCCUCUGAGCGUGAUGACUUCAUUCUUCCUGUUCUGCUACUACGGUAACCACGAGAAGCAUCUCCAAGCAUGGCAUUAUCUACAGGAAAGUAUCACAUUCUCUGAGAUACUGGACAUGGAUGACGAAGCCUCUUACGCGCAACUGGACCCCGUUGAAAUGCAAUGGCGCCGCAGGCUUUAUUGGUUACUGUUCAUUACGGAAAGAGCGUAUGCAGUUCAAAGACGCAAACGCACAAGACUCCAAGCAAGUGUCGCACUUCCGGCAGUGUUUGAGUCUGAGGAUCCACAGUUGCUCAGUGGAUUUGUUAAUCUUGCAAAUCUCUUUAGUGCAGUAGACGACUCCUUUGUCAGCGCGUGGCGAGGCACACGGAGAGCAAGUCUAUGUGAUGAGGCGUGGCUUGCCCAGACACAUAAGCAGUUGGACGCCACAGCACAUACCACUGGAAUGGGUGAGCUGACAGAAAUCCAAACGUUGGAUAUCGGUGUCACCAGGGAGUGGCUCCACGUCCUCGCGUGGCAGAUGGGCGUUAGCACCGGCUUGAUAUGGGGGCAAGGCGAGGGUGGAAUGCGGCUUGACUAUCCUGUUGAGCUCGCCAGGAAGGUGGUUGAGAUGACGUCAAAUGCAAGCCCGCUAUCCUUGGACAGUCAUGGUAUUGGUAUGGAGCAGAAGCUUUCCGACAUUGCCGGCUGUCUGGCGGAUGUGCUCAAAUGCACAGCGGGAGAUUGCUCUGCGACAUUUCUCGAGGGCAAGCAACACCUCAACACCCUGCUGCAUCGACUUUCCAGUAUGCGUGGGAAAGAGUCGCGAUAUCUGAAGCCUCUCAUGGCCAAGAUGGAGGGCCUGAUGGGGUAUGAGAUCAACAAUGUGACGUUGCCGUUGCCGGAAAUACGUUUGGAAGGAGUGCAAGGCGAUGGACAUCUCCCUGCUACGUGGUCGGCGAGCGAGUCGAUGACCAUGUUGCGGCACUUGUCAAUGGCUGGGUCACUGGGCAUGCCUGGUAUCGCGUUGGCACAGGACUCUUACUAUCAGCGGCGUCCCUCUGGAUGGAUAGUUGAAGAGAAUGAUAUGGAGCAUAUCCAGCCAUGGUUGGCGGAUGAGAAGGGCUUCCGCCGUUCUCCUGUAUAG